GCCACAAAGAGGUCACCUCGCUGGACAUUGCCGGUUGUGCGGCCGGCCACACCCAAAGCGUCUGUCCAAUGGUGAAGGGCAAGGAAUUUGUGCUCAGCUUCGACUUUGUGGCCAACUCAGACUCGGCAAAAGUGGCCUUCAAGUUCACCGCCGACCUGGGCGGCGGUGUGGUGCUGCCGGUGCCGGGCACCGACAAUGACGCCUGCCACCACAUGAAGUGUCCCGUGGUGAAGGGACAGAAGGUCGCCUUCAAGUACCCCAUGGUCGUGCCCAAGGUGUUGCCCAAUCUGAAGGCGGUGGUGGCGGCCACCUUGGUCGGUGACCACGGAACACUGGCCUGUGUGCAGAUCAACGGCGGAGUGCAGGAUUAA